UUUCCCCGCCCGCAACUAUACUUACUUCAAGUAAAAGAGUCGCGACUGUCGCGAGCAGGUCGCGAGUUGCAAAUAAAGUAAUACAUAGGGCACACGCAUACUCAUCUUCUACGGUGUAUCCUUGCUAAACGAAAUAUUUAAGUUACGUUCGCACUCGAGCGUGUUUUAUCUCAAAAAUUGCAGUAGCAACCCAGUUGGAAUUAUAUUGCUUACGUGUGUAUAUAGGUACUUGCGUUGUGGUGUGGUACUGUUGGUAUCGCACAUCGGUCUACAUAUAGGUAUACUAAAGGGUGAAUCGAAGCAGCAACAAAUUUACAUUUCAACGUGACGAUCCCUGUAGAUAGACCACCAAGCGGGGACACCCUAUACAGAGGUGAGGUCUCUUGAGGAGACGAUCGUCGUCUUCGUCGAGAGGAAGGUGUAUGAUGGCGCAAAACAUAAAUCCGCACUUCUCGUCGCACGGGAUGCCGAGCAAGGGACGCGAAGAAAAACUGAACAUGCCCAAAGAUAAUCACGCAGUGAGCAAACGCUUGCAGAAAGAACUCAUGACAUUGAUGAUGAGCUCGGAUAAGGGAGUAUCUGCCUUUCCCGAGGGAGAGAAUCUUUUUAAAUGGAUUGGAACCAUCAAUGGCCCUGUAGAUACUGUAUAUGACGGCUUAACUUACAAGUUGACAAUGGAUUUUCCACAUAGUUACCCAUACAGUGCACCAGUAGUGCGCUUUUUGACCCCGUGUUUUCAUCCUAAUGUUGAUAACAUGGGAAAUAUAUGUUUGGAUAUACUUAAGGACAAAUGGAGUGCGCUCUAUGAUGUUCGUACCAUACUGUUAUCCAUUCAGUCACUCCUUGGUGAACCCAACAAUGACAGUCCUCUCAAUCCUCAAGCAGCAGAACUAUGGAGUGACCAAGUGAGAUAUAAGAAACAUUUGACUGAUGAAUAUCAAAAAGCACAAGCAAAAUCUCAAGACUCAUGAUAAGCAAUCACAACUUUCGCAAAACAUUAAAUCCACCUAAAUUAAGAUUUUCUUUCUCAAAAUAUGUUUUGGAAAAUUAAACUCUUAACAAUUUAGAGCAAUUAAAAAAAGAUAUUUAUUAUAAAAAUUAUUCUCAAUUUGGAAUUUUCAUUGAGUAUCAUUAAGAUCGCUUAGUCAAUUUAAAUGCAAUCAAUUUAUUUUUUAAACAAAUUUUCAAAGGUAUAUUUGAUUUCUCAAUACACUAAACAAAUUUUUUUAAAUUUGCUAUAGUUGUUAGCAAUAAUCCGACUUCACCUUUUAUAUAGUUACAAUGGCAGUUGUGUAGGUCGGUUUAUUUCUAUUACCCAGCCAAGUAAAUUUUUCUAAAAUUUAACAGUGUAUGAACUAAGAAAAGUAAAUUUUUAUUUUUAUUUAUUUUAUAAGUUCAACGUUGUAAGGGGAUACAUCAAUAAUUUCGUUUUGUGAUUUGUGAAGCGCAUAGACCAACUUUUCAAAGACUCAUUAGUUUUAUACAAUUAUGUUAACUUCUAGUAAAACAAAACAUCAUUUUUAUAAAAUUUUCAUAAACACAUUGAAAUAGUAUUUUAUAAUGCAAAUGUAUAAUUGCAGAUUAUAAGUUUUGCAAUUUUUACCACCUUAGAUAAAAGAGGGAAUAUUAAUCAGUGCGAUUAAAUCUGUAUCAAUCAUUUAUUGUGUAUUUGAAAGCUCGACUAAAUAAAAUAGAUUGUAAGCAAAAA